CGGACUAUUCUCUGACAGUUCCAACUCUGUCAACCCCAGAUUUCAAGUCUUAUCACACUUUCAUGUGCUAUAAACCAUGAAAAAAAAAAAAUAAGCGUACAAGUAUAUCUAUGAACUCAUUAACUGAUACUACUACAUCUCUAAACAUACAGCUCUUUCAUACACGCAGUGUUAACGGUCUAGUUUGUGGGUCACAAAUUAUAGCCGCUACUGCUACUGUAAAAAGGUGAGAGUUGGGGGUUUGUGUCUGACAGUUUAAUUACCGCCAUGAGUAAAGUUUGGCUUCUAGUGUUAGCAGCUGUCUGCCAUGGGAUUUUCUCAAAUGGGGUUGUUACAAAUAGUUCUACAAGGCCUGAUGUUGUAAAUGUAGGGGCUAUUCUCUCUUAUGAGUCUAUUAUUGGCAAAGUAGCGAAAGUCGCAAUAGAAGCUGCUGUUGAAGAUGUGAAUUCUGAUCCAACUGUUCUCCCUGGAACUAAGAUCGAACUAACAAUGCAGGACUCCAAUUACAGUGGAUUUCUAAGCAUUGUUGAGGCCUUGAAGUUCAUGGAGAAAGACACUGUGGCCAUAAUUGGCCCCCAACAAUCCGUGACAGCUCAUAUAAUAUCUCACAUUGCUAACGAGCUCCAAGUUCCUCUAUUGUCAUAUUCAGCAACAGACCCUACCCUGUCUUCACUUCAGUUCCCUUUCUUUGUUAGAACUGCCCAGAAUGAUCUAUAUCAGAUGGCUGCAAUAGCAGACCUCGUCAACUACUAUGGAUGGAGAGAGGUGAUUGCAAUCUAUGUUGACGAUGACCAUGGCAGAAAUGGGAUUGCUGCGUUAGGGGAUAAGCUUGCUGAGAAACGAUGCAGGAUUUCAUACAAAGCACCUAUGUCCCCCAAUCCAACCCGGGAUGAGAUCACUGAUCUACUGGUUAAGGUUGCAUUAAUGGAGUCUCGGAUUGUUGUUCUUCACACUUAUGCUGGUCCAGGUCCAGUGGUGCUUAAUGUUGCACAGUAUCUUGGGAUGAUGGGAACUGGGUAUGUGUGGAUAGCUACUAACUGGCUCACUACCUUACUAGAUACUAAUGCUCCACUAGACUCGGAUGCAACGGAUGAUUUUCAAGGAGUUAUUACAUUGCGAAUGUAUGCACCAGAUUCAGAACUCAAAAGAAAAUUUGUUUCCAGGUGGAAUAACUUGACUAGUGGAAAGAGUACUAAUGGCUCUUUUGGACUAAGUUCUUAUGGUCUAUAUGCCUAUGACACAGUUUGGUUGCUUGCUCAUGCAAUUGAUGCAUUUUUCAAUCAGGGCGGAAUUAUCUCAUUCUCAAAUGAUUCGAGGUUAACUGAGCUUCAUGGAGGGAGUUUGAAUUUUGAUGCUAUGAGCAUCUUCAAUGGGGGGAAUUUGUUGCUUCAGAACAUUUUACAGGUGAAUAUGACCGGUGUAACAGGACCAAUCAAGUUUACUUCAGAUAGGAACUUCAUUUAUCCUGCAUUUGAAGUCAUCAAUGUCAUUGACACAGCGUUAAGGAGGAUUGGAUAUUGGUCUAAUUAUUCUGGUUUGUCAGUCUUACCUCCAGAAAUGCUUUACGCAAAGCCACCUAAUCGUUCUAGUGAAAGUCAAAGACUAUAUCCCGUAAUUUGGCCUGGACAAACAACAGAGCGUCCUCGUGGGUGGAUUUUCCCAAACAACGGAAGGCAUUUGAAUAUUGGAGUCCCAAAACGAGUUAGUUAUCGUGAAUUUGUCUCACAAGUAGAAGGCACUGACUUGUUCAAAGGGUACUGCAUUGAUGUAUUUACCGCUGCAUUGAACUUCUUGCCAUAUGCUGUCCCAUAUAAAUUAAUUCCAUUUGGGGAUGGUAUUAAUAGCCCGAGUAGCUCUGAGCUUGUGCAUUUGAUCACAACGGGCGUCUAUGAUGCAGCAAUAGGUGACAUUGCCAUUAUCACUAACCGAACAAAAAUUGUGGAUUUUACGCAGCCAUAUGUUGAAUCCGGGCUAGUAGUUGUGGCCCCAGUGAGGAGGUCAAAUUCCAAUGCUUGGGCAUUUUUAAGGCCAUUCACUCCAAUGAUGUGGGGUGUCACAGCUAUCUUUUUUCUCAUUGUGGGAGCAGUUGUUUGGAUUUUGGAGCAUAGAAUAAAUGAUGAAUUCCGAGGUCCCCCAAAAAAACAAGUUGUCACUGUUCUGUGGUUUAGCUUAUCAACUUUGUUCUUUUCCCAUAAGGAAAAUACAGUCAGCACUCUUGGUCGCCUAGUGCUCAUAAUAUGGCUGUUUGUUGUUCUUAUAAUCGUUUCAAGCUACACUGCAAGUUUGACCUCAAUACUUACAGUGCAAAAGCUUUCUUCUUCAGUUAAAGGCAUUGAAAGUCUAAUUAACAGCAAGGAUCCAAUUGGCUACCAGCAAAAUUCAUAUGCCCGAAAUUAUUUAGUUGAGGAACUUGGCAUCCAUGAGUCCAGACUUGUUCCUCUUAACAUGCCAGAAGAUUUUGCUGAAGCCUUAAAAAAGGGUCCCCGGGGAGGUGGUGUUGCUGCAGUUGUUGAUGAACGAGCAUAUGUAGACCUCUUCCUCUCAACCCGAUGUGAAUUCAGUAUUGUAGGUCAAGAGUUCACCAAAGCCGGAUGGGGAUUUGCCUUCCCACGGGACUCACCUUUAGCAAUUGACAUGUCAACUGCAAUUUUAAGACUGUCAGAGAAUGGAGACCUUGAGAGAAUCCAUGACAAAUGGCUCACGAGAAGUGCUUGCACUUCACAAAGCACAACAUUUGAAGUGGAUCGGCUUCAGCUUAAAAGCUUUUGGGGCCUUUUUCUCAUAUGUGGUCUCGCUUGCCUGCUUGCUCUCAUUGUAUAUUUCAUCCUGAUGGUGCGCCAGUUUAGCAGGCACUAUUCAGAUGACUUUGAGUCUUCCGGUAGAAGCUCAGGAUCUAAAAGUUUUCAAACAUUUCUUACAUUUGUUGAUGAAAAGGAAGAGGAAGUCAAAAACCGCUCCAAGAGAAGGCAAAUGGAGAAGGCCUCAAAUAGAUCUGUUGGUGAAGAUGAAUCAACCAAUAGUUCUAAGAGAAGAUAUACUGAAUCAUGCUCAAGUAAAAGUUUGGAUAGAUGUGAAGAAGCCUAAAUAGAUAUUUCUUACACAUUUUCUUGUAGACCUCAAAAUCUCUUCCACAGUCUGCCUUUGCAACUUUUUUUGCAAUUAGUCAAUUACUGCUCCUCAACAAGUUUACCUUUCUAUAUAUCUUUUGCGCCUUAUAUGCAUGUAUAUGUAGAUAUAUCAUCAAAUGGCAGCAUACCUCCUCUUAUGUAUUUUCUUUUGUAACUAAGGUCACCUGGGAAUGCAUUCAAGUUUAGGUGUACAAA